AUGCCUGUUGUAAAAAAGCCCAGAACUAGAGAGCCUCUCUGGCAUGAAUGGGACUCAAAAGCAGAGAAAUGUGGAUUAAGACACACAGUCUAUGAAGUAAAUGGGGAUCGGUACACUGGAGAAUGGCAGGACAACUUGAAACAUGGCAAAGGCAUCCAGAUAUGGAAAAGCACUGGAGCUAUUUACAGCGGUGACUGGAAGUUUGGGAAGCGCGAUGGUUAUGGCUCAUAAGUAACCAAGCAAUGCAAGAAUAUCUACACAGGCUGGUGGGAAAACGACAAAAAAUGUGGCUAUGGGCUGCAGAUCUACCCCAACGGGGAGCGCUAUGAGGGCGAGUGGAGCGCUGGGCUGCGGAGCGGCUGGGGACGCAUGUACUACCUGGAUUCAUCCCUCUAUGAGGGACAGUGGCUGUUGGACCGGCCCAGUGGGCAGGGAAUGCUGCGGCUGCCCAAUAAAGAUCGGUACGAAGGAGGCUGGAAAAAUGGAAAAAAGCAUGGCCCAGGGAAAUUUUUCUACGUGGAUAAGGGGCAGCUGUUGGAAGGUAUCUGGACAGCAAAUGUACCAAAAUGUGGAAUUGUGACUGACUUCAACAGAGAUGAAGCUCCUGCUCCUCCUCAAUAUCCAAUCCCAAAGAUCGAACUGGCUGAUCCAGAUGGUGUCUUAUCAGAAGCCCAGGCGAUGUUUGAUGACAGCCAAAAUGAAUAA